CUCACAUCAGUUGAGCUCCAACAUCAACAUGUUCUCUGCAGCUCUGAUUCUGCUGCUGGCUGCUGGAUCCUGUGUGAACAGUAUUGAUCUCAUCCAGCCAGACUCAAUGCUUGUGCAGCCUGGACAGACUCUGACCAUCACCUGUCAACAGUCUGGUUAUUCUGUGACUUCUAACAGCUAUGCAACAGGUUGGAUCAGACAGCGUGAAGGAAAAGCAAUGGAAUGGAUUUUUGAUCAGGUGGGAGGAGGAGACUUUUACCGAAACAAUGCUCUGAAGAACAAAUUCAGUUUCAGCAGAGACACUUCUGCAGGAACUGUGACAAUAACAGGACAGAACCUGCAGUCUGAGGACACAGCUGUUUAUUACUGUGUACGUCACUCGUUUAACUGUGAUAACUGGGCUUUCGACUACUGGGGAAAAGGAACUACGGUAACGGUGUCAUCAGUCACUUCAACGGCGCCAAUCGUGUUUCCUUUGAUACAAUGUGGCGCCAAAGAUGCAGAAAUGAUCACACUUGGCUGCCUGGCCACCGGCUUCACUCCCUCCUCACUGACUUUCUCAUGGACCAAAAACAACGCGGCCUUGACCAACUUCAUCCAGUAUCCUCCAGUGCAGAAAAACGACUUGUACUCGGGAGUCAGUCAAAUCCAAGUGAGAAAACAGGACUGGAACCAAAGUGAAACGAUCAAAUGCUUGGUGACUCACGCUGCUGGGAACGCACAGGGUCAGAUCGGGAUGCCAACUCCACAGAUUGUCCCACCAAAAAUCUCGCUGCACUCAGUUUGGGAAGGUGAAGUUGGGAACUCACAAGUUCAUCUCAUCUGCACCCUGAGUGGCUUCUUUCCAGACGAAGUGAGCGUCGAGUGGCAACGGGACAGCCAACGUAUCAACAUUAGACCUGUCUCAAGGAAGCUGCAGAGUGUGGAGGAAGGCGAGAAAACCUUCACUUUGAGUAGCAAGAUUGAGCCUAAUAUAGAAGAAUGGAAGAAAGGCUCAAGUUUCACAUGCAAGUCCACACACAAAGGAAAGGAAUUCAGCAAAACCUUAAGUAUUUGUCAAACUGUUUCAAGCUCCCCUCCAUCCAUCCAUGUGGAGACUCCCCGCUUCAAGACUGUAAUGACAACAUCUGAGGUGACAGCUACAUGUUUGGUUCACACUGUUUUUGAUGCCAAUGUCACCUGGAUGUUGAACGGAACAGUCUCAAGUAGCAACACAGUGAGCGAGGACAGAAACACAACUCAUAUCACCAGUAAUGUGAGGAUUUCCUCCAAUGACUGGAAGCAACUGAGGCGUGUGACCUGCAAAGCAGAACAUAAGUGUUUCUCAACCACUGAAAAGACAGUAAAUGUUGCAGGACCUGAAGUUGCAACUCCAUCUGUGGAGAUCAGGAGAUCUCUUCCAGAUUUGUUGAAGGGAGACGGUGCUGUUCUCCAGUGUGACAUCACAAAUCUCUCCUCUCGUGACCUCUACGUCACCUUUCAGGCCAAUGAUGUCGACAUCUCUGACAAACAAUAUGUAGAACUUCCUGAAGGCCCAGGCCUCCAGUCAGUCAGCAGACGCUUCACUGUCCCUCAGAGGCACCAGAGGAAAGACAAAAGUUUCACCUGCAAAGUGAAUCAAGGCUUCAUCAGAAGCUUUAAAUCUGAUUCCACAGGCAAUAUUUUUGUGGACCCAUCAGUGGAACUUCUUCUGGCUCCCAGUGAAGAUUCAGGACCUCAGACACUCUUGUGUUCUGGAUGGGGCUUCAACCCUCAAAUUAAAUGGGUUUCUGAAUCACAGCCAAGAUCUCCAUCAACUCAUGAUAUCAGCAUGUCUGCAGAUGGACGUGUGGCAGUAACCAGUCAACUCCAGAUCCCUCAGACAGAGUGGAAAUCAGGGAAGGUCUUCAGUUGUGAAGUGUCUGACAGAUCUAUGAACAAGAAAGUCCAAAAGGACAUCAGCUUCUGUUCAGCUCAUUCAAGCUCCCCUCCAUCCAUCCAUGUGGAGACUCCCAGCUUCAAGACUGUAAUGACAACAUCUGAAGUGACAGCCACAUGUUUGGUUCACACUGUUUUUGAUGCCAAGGUCACCUGGAUGUUGGAUGGAAGAGUCUCAAGUAGCAACACAGUGAGCGAGGACAGAAACACAACUCAUAUCACCAGUAAUGUGAGGGUUUCCUCCAAUGACUGGAAGCAACUGAGGCAUGUGACCUGCAAAGCAGAACAUAAAUGCUUCUCAACCACUGAAAAGACAGUAAAUGUUGCAGGACCUGAAGUUGCAACUCCAUCUGUGGAGAUCAGGAGAUCUCUUCCAGGUUUGUUGAAGGGAGACGGUGCUGUUCUCCAGUGUGACAUCACAAAUCUCUCCUCUCGUGACCUCUACGUCACCUUUCAGGCCAAUGAUGUCGACAUCUCUGACAAACAAUAUGUAGAACUUCCUGAAGGCCCAGGCCUCCAGUCAGUCAGCAGACGCUUCACUGUCCCUCAGAGUCACCAGAGGAAAGACAAAAGUUUCACCUGCAAAGUGAAUCAAGGCUUCAUCAGAAGCUUUAAAUCUGAUUCCACAGGCAAUAUUUUUGUGGACCCAUCAGUGGAACUUCUUCUGGCUCCCAGUGAAGAUUCAGGACCUCAGACACUCUUGUGCUCUGGAUGGGGCUUCAACCCUCAAAUUAAAUGGGUUUCUGAAUCACAGCAAAGAUCUCCAUCAACUCAUGAUAUCAGCAUGUCUGCAGAUGGACGUGUGGCAGUAACCAGUCAACUCCAGAUCCCUCAGACAGAGUGGAAAUCAGGGAAGGUCUUCACUUGUAAAGUGUCUGACAGACCUCUGAAGAAAAAAGUCCAAAAGGAAAUCAAUUUUUGCUCAGUAACACCAACAUCCUCUCAGAUAGUUGGCGUCUAUGUUCAGGGACCAACACUACAGCAGCUUCUAAACAAGGCACAGGUGACUGUUACCUGUCUCCUGGUCGGCCCUCGUCUUAAAGAUUUCUCUGUCACCUGGAAAGUAGGUGGUAAUAAAAACUCAACCCAUAAUGUCCAUACGGAGUCACCGGUGAGUCACAGCAACGGGACAGAGACUUUAAAGAGCUUCCUCAACGUGUCAGCAGAGGACUGGCAUGCAUAUAAACAAGUUUCUUGUGAAGGAAAGCAUCAAUGUGCCAAACAGGGCUAUGAAGACCAUAUCAGCAAAAGCAGAGACGUGUUUCCGCCAACGGUGAAAAUAGUGCAACCAACUGUAUCUGAGCUGUCCAUGUCUGACGUCCUCACACUGGUUUGCCUGGUUUCUGGAUUUUCCCCAUCUAACAUCCUAGUGUAUUGGGUGGAGGAUGGUCAGAAACUCCCGUCGUCUCGUUACAUCAACAGUCCCACCUGGAAACGCAAAGAGAGCAACUCUUAUUCAAUGAGCAGCCGACUGAAUGUACCCAGGAGUGUGGACAAAAGGUCGACAUAUUCUUGUGUUGUCAGACAUGAGUCAUCUGAAUCAGCGUUUGAAAGCACUCUAGAUGAUGUGUUUGCCUCAGCGGCCUACAGCGAACCUUCAGCCUUUUUGCUCGAGGGCUCCAAUGAACUCGUGUGCCUGGUCUCUGGCUUCAGCCCAGCAUCCAUUAACAUCACCUGGUUGCGUGAUAAUAACACAAAGCUGUGGAACUACAAUACCAGCAAGCCCCACAGAGGCCCAGAUGGAAAGUUCAGCGUCCAGAGCCACCUACGUCUGUCCCAAGUCGAUUCCUUACCUGGAGUGGUCCUCACCUGCAGGGUGACACAUGUAAACACCACCCUGUCCCUGAAUAUAUCCAAACCAGACACAUUGGAACACUGCAAUUUUUUAGAUGACGCCCUGCGUGGUGAUAUAUACGACGGUACCGGUGUGGAAAGCUGGUAUAUGGCUUUUAUUUUCAGCCUUUUAUUCCUCCUCUCUGUCAUCUAUGGUGUCAUAGCGACCAUAAUUAAGACUAAAUGAUGAUGACCACAGGAAAGAUCCCAUUUUACGACCCAAAUAUUGACUUUUAAGGAUUUUUUUUUUCAGUAUAAUGGCUUGCAUUAUUAUGUUUUAUGUAAUAGGUGUAUAACAUCCUUUUCUUUUGGGGUUUAAGUUCUGCAUUUUGUGUGUAUGUAAGAGGAAACGCAACAAAAAUUAAUUAAAAAAAAUAAUAAAUUCAAGAAAUAUAAUUUGAAUUCUGUGUAAUGACUGAAUUUUGUCUCACUACACUGAUUCUUGCUGUAAAAACAUACAUUAAAAUUAAAAUCUGGUAAUCAAG